CUGGGAUUAUAGGCGUGAACUACUGCGCCUGGUCUGCUGAAUUUUUAAAUCUGUGUCCUCGCCAUCGGGACAUAGGGGUCACUUUUCUCCUCCCUGCAGCACCUGCCUAAUUCUGUCCCACUGGUCAUGACCACCUGACUGGGGGAAAGGAGCUUGCUUGUGGUUUAAUGUCCACAUUAAGGGGAGAAACCAGCUAAUUUUCUCCCCUUAACUUCAGAAAGCAUACUUGUUCAAAUGUUUAUAAAUCAUUUGUAUUUUUCUAUACUUUAGAAAAAAGUAUUUCUAUAUUCUCUAUUUUAGGAUAUUAACUCUCAAGAGACUAAGGGUUGUUUCAGAAAUCAAACCAUCCAUAUUAAAAUAGAUACCUAAAAUGCUAUUUGACAGCAGUAAGUAUAAAAUGGGCACUUAAUAUGAACUCAUUCAUUGAUUCUUAAUAAACACACAUUAUUAAGUUAUUAAAUAUAUAAUUACCACUGAUUUAUUAAAUCUUAAUUGUGAAAUUGAAACUAUCUAAAUCAUAUUAUAAAUGCUAAAAUGUUGUUUCUUUGACAGAUCUUUCCUGACCAUGCAAUCCAAAGUAGAAUCCUAGUUUAUUCUUUUUCAGUUUAUACUGUUCGUUUUCUCCUCACUGUAAUCAUCAUGAUUUAUAAUUCUACAUUUGUUUAAUUGUGUCAUACAUAUUUCUUUUAUAGCUCAUAAAUUCUAGGAGAACUGGUCAGCCUUGGGUAUCUGCAGUGCCUGGCACAAUGUAAAUUUUAAAUGAAUGAACACAAAUAAAUUGUAUUUCCACAAUUUUGAAUCUUGGUAUAGUGGAAAGAAUAUCACUCUGGAGGUCAAGGGGCUGUAGUUCUUGUCUUCUCCAUGAAUAUUCUUUAUGUGCCACUUCUACCAUCUGUGAAAUGAGGGAUGGGAGGGGGAGCUUGAGGAAGUGGUAUUAGAUGAUCAUUAAUGGUCCCGUCAGCAUAGCCUUGUAGGGUUUUAUGAAUGUUAUAAUUGCAUUUUAGACCGUAAUAACCAAACAUUAUAUAUUGAUAUAUUUAAUUUUUUUAUUUAAGUGGUACAUGAUCAGCAUUGUCCACAUUUACAAUCGAUGGAGGAACAAUGAAAUUCAGUGUUACAUUAAUGGACAACUGGUAUCUUAUGGUGAUAUGGCUUGGCAUGUUAACACAAAUGAUAGUACCUUCAAGUUUAAAUCUGAGAGUGAUAUUCAAUUGGCAGAACAUCAUAAACAGGUUUUAUAUGAUGGGAAACUUCCAAGUAGCAUUGCCUUUACAUAUAAUGCUAAGGCCACUGAUGCUCAACUCUGCCUGGAAUCAUCACCAAAAGGGGAUGCAUCGAUUUUUGUGCAUUCCCAACAUGCUCUAAUGCUUCAGAUUCAAGUGCUUUUUCCACUGUUUCCCCAAUUGGAUAAUCGGCAGCUCAAUGACAGUCAAGUGGAAACAACUGUCUGGUAAGUUUUCUUUUCAUGUGCAAUUGCUGGUAUUUUAUACACACUUAGACUAUGCAUGAUGUACUCAUGCUGUGUAAAUGUAUUACAGUAUUUGGGUUCUGCCCUUAAAGUGCUAAUAAAUUUUUAGAACUAAUGCAGAUAGAUAUUUAUACAGUAAAUAAAAACCCUGACACUUAGGUUGUUAUAUCAUAAAGGAAUGCCUUUUGUGACAAUAAAUAGAAAAUUCUUAACAAAGAUAGCAUAGUGAUUAUAAUAUGUAGUUGAGGGAAAAUAUGAAUCCUGACCUUACAUUUGCAUAUACUCAUGGUUCGAAUUGUCCAUGAAACCCUGUCAGGUUGAAGAAAAUUACUAGGGUAAAAUUAUUCAGAAGAAUAAUAUUUAUUAGCAAUUACAUAAUUUAUAUCUUAAAGAGUGGUAUUUUAUGAUGCUUUUGUCGUGGCGUAAGUCUAGCAUAAUAUUAAUUGACAUCAACCCUUAUUUAUAUAUAGUUUAUGUUUGAGGACUCUAGUGGCAAAUCCAAGUUUAUGUAAAAAUUAAAUCUCUUCUAAUGAGUGUAAUUUCAUGUGCAUUUUUAUAGUUUCUCUUUUAUUUAAAAAAAAACUUGUGCGCCACACUCUAAUUUACUGUUAUAUCUUAGAAUUAUAUAUACAAGAAUUUAAAAAUAAAUUCUAGUAGCUAUUUUGACUAUACACAUUGCCAUGCUUGGGGAUUUUAAUGGGCAAGUUAUAUAGAUAAGCAUUAAUUUUUAUUCCAGAAGUAACAUAGUAGUGCUUCAUCAGUAUAUAUACAUAUACAUGAGCUCCUUCAUGGGUUAUCUAAUUUUGAAUUGAUGGUGAAUCUAGUGAAUGAAGGUAUGGGAAAAAUUUAAGGUACAAUGAAGUGUAAUACAUGCUUUUUCUCAUAAUUAUUAUCUAAAUUAGCUAUUAAUGAAAUUCAAUUUUAGCAUUUCUAAUAAUAUUAUUUCUGUUUUGGGAACAUCUUUAUGUAAAGUAUAAAUCUAAAUAUAGAUAAGAGAUUCGUACAUUUAUAACAUUACCUCCCGUCUAUGGGUCUUGCCGCCUUUUAUAUCAAUACAGUGUAAAGGUUGGAGUUUUGAAAGUAAAAAACUUUGAAGUGAAAAGGAAUCCUGAGGUUAUGUCCUGCUGUGAUACUAUUUUGUUUGUGAGAUCUUAAAUAAUCUAAUUGGAAGGUAGCUCAGCUUAGUGGAAAAAUCAAACUUAAAAUUUCUGUCCUUUAUUUAAAUUCAAAAUGUUUUGCCAUUUAUCAUCUCAGUGAACUAAGACACAUUAUGAUCAGUAAUCUAAAAUCUAGUCAGUACUAUGAAAAGAAGUGGGAGAUGAAGUAGCCACUAGAAAAAUCCAUGUAUAAUUUAAAUAUUUCUUAUGAAAUAUGAAAUACAUAUAAUCGAAUCUUAUUAGAAAAAUCCAUGUAUAAAUAUUUCUUAUGAAAUAAUAUGAAAUACAUAUAUUAUCAAAUCUUACUGUUAAAACCAUAUGUAAUAGGUUAUCUGGUUCAUUAAUACAAGAUGCAUGGUUACUUUUUACUGACCUUCCUCAAAACUCAUUUAAUAUGUAUAUUAUAUCUUGGUAUUUAAAUUGUAUUUAUUUCCUCAUGGAGAUAAAAGAAAGUGAGGAGUCAGCAUACUUAUUUUCAUUUUUAGUUCUUUUAUAUCAUUCAUCCUAAUGUUUCCCUGUAUUAACUAAUUCCAACUUUUUCAGUGAUGCCUAUUAUGUCUUUAGUUUCUUUCUUUAUUUAUUUAAGAUGGACUCUUACUCUGUUGUCCAGGGUGGAGUGCAGUUCUGUGAUCUCUUGACUUACUGCAACCUCGGUUUCCCAGACUCAAGCAAUUCUCCUGACUCAGCCUCCCAAGUAGUUUGUGAGGCACCUGGGGCAGAGAAAAAAAAAAAAACGCGCGUGCAGAGAAGUGGGGCCUGGGUCCCUCACAGACGAAAGUGCCUUCCUAUGAGCCCCUUCGCUGGGCCCAGUGGACCCUGGCGUCCCUGGUUCCACCCCAGGGUGCGCAUCAGGCCGCUAGGGGUACCUCAAGGCGGACAAAAGGCCCAUGAAGGGAAGGUGAGUUUUGAGGGAGGAUAGGUGAGGCACCUGUGGCAGAAAAAAAAAAAAAAAAAGCGCCACGGAGAAGGGGGCCCUGGG